AUGGGCGCGAAGGUUGUGGUUGGAAAUCUUACGGAUGACAUGGAAUACAUAAAGAGGAGAAACGAAUCACUGAAAUACGGUAUGAACAUAUUUUUAAGUGAUCUGAUUGGGUUCCGUCGUACACUAGCAGACAGAAGGCCUCAAACGUGCAAAGUGAUUGUAUAUCCAGACAAUCUCCCAACUGUCAGCAUUAUCAUCAUAUUCCGGGAUGAACCACUAAGUACAUUAAUGAGGACCGUGUAUGGAGUAUUCGACACAUGUCCCAAAGAACUUCUCCAGGAAGUCAUUCUUGUUGAUGACGGAACUGUUGAUAGACGCACUAUUCUGGGAGUAAAAAUCCAUGUAAGGAACAUGGAUAAGGUGAUUUUAAUUCGGAACGAGAAAUCUCGUGGUUUGAUGAUGGCCAGACAGCAGGGAAUUGAGCGGGCGAGGUCAGGGCAUUUCGUUGUUCUUGAUAGUCACAUCGAGUUCAACAUCGGCUGGUUGGAGCCUAUUCUUCAUAGACUUGUCGAGGAACCAAAAGCCUUGCUUACAUCUCAUGUUGGAGUGAUCGAUAUGGAAACGUUCGAAUAUCUGCUUGGAGAAUGGAAUACACAGUUCAUGUGUUUUGAACAAAUAUCUGCAAAAGACCAAUGGACUUACUAUUCCGAAGAGUUUAUUUUGAAACGCAAUGGAAGUGUUGCUCCUAUCGAAUACUGUAUGGUUCCGGGCAUGAUGAUGGCGAUGAAAAAAGACUUCUUUCUUCAACUUGGAGGCUUUGACCCAGGAAUGGAAUGCCCUAAGGGCGAUCGUGUGACCGCGGGUAUGAGUUACGUGCGGUACAUCUGGACCCUGCGGUCCAUCCUCGAAUUCGUCGCCUGCUCAUCGAGCCCUUUUCUCCAAUGCGACUGUGUGUGUACGCUCAAGAAUAGAUAA